CGCCAUGGCGCUUUUCUUGUUGCACGUCGCACCGAGGAUAGUGUUCUACCGCUUUUCCCCAGCCGCUGUGGCCCAAAGUUUUCCCCCUAGCUUGCCUCGGCCCCCAAACCAAGGUCUCAACGCUCAACUUCCCGUAUUUCAUCGCCGUGCCUCAAAACUCUCGUGUUAGCAAUGGGUCAGUCAGCUUUGAUAUGAAUAGACCAGCACUUGAACGAGUAGUCGAAACUCAAAAAAAGGUGACACCUUGAAUGUGAAUAGACACGUUUCUUCAGCCGUUCAAUACGAGUAGGCAGCAGCUAGCAUAUAUACAUCUCGUUUCAUCAAUGCUUCUCCUGCAUCUUCAAACUUUCUCUUUCCCAACUACAAAAUCCCCUUUCAAUUCACAAAAUGCCUCUCUGCGAAGUAUGCGAAGCUCUUGAACUCGAUCCGCCACUGCGUCUGAGUCGCGAUGACCCUCGUCUCGGGGAGUAUACCGAGAUAGUGUCGAGAGCAGAUGCUGGCUGCGAUGCAUGCAGAUUCUUUUGCGACGUUCUCCAGAACUCUAGCAAUUGGAGUCAUCGGUUAGAUAAGCUUCCAGGGAAUAUUGUAUUCAUCCAUAGUCGACGUCUUGAUGUCAGGACACCAGAGCGCGUCACAGGUAGUUCCUGCAGCUGUGAUGAUCUUAUGCUUGACUAUGUGGUUUCGGAGGAUUAUACAGGUCCCAAGGACGACGAUACUGAUAUUCGACGCAUCAUUCCUUCCAACCCAGAAGAUGAAGCUUGUUUUGAUCAAAUUCGCUCAUGGCUUGGCAAAUGCUCAGAACACAAGAAUUGUCCAAAAUCCGCUGAGGUAGAUCUGCCUACCAGAAUCAUCGAAAUCUCUCAAGAUCCAGACAUUACUCCCAAACUCAUUUCCUCCGAGGGGGAGAGAGGGGAAUAUAUUGUCCUCAGCCACCCGUCUGCCGACAUUAACUCUUCUGCUUUCAAGAUCCCCAACGCAGGCGAAAACCUCGAUAUCAGCUCUCUCCCUAAAACCUUCACCGACGCAAUCACCAUCACACGUCGUCUAGGCUACCGCUACCUCUGGAUUUCCGAUCUCUGCCUCUCCCAAGAAAAUCUUACAGACCUCAGCUCAGAAACACCCAAAUUAGCAACGAUCUACGGUCUCUCCACCCUCAUGAUCUCCACCACCUCCACCUCAGACAUUCUAUCCCCACGACAAGUGUUCUACUCCCCUGCUCUGGGCAUAAACAAGGAUCGAUUCAUGCGUCAAAAACGACUCCGCUGGGACACGGAUCUCAAAUCCAAGUCUUCCAACGGUCGGACGGCCUCCGAACGCAUUCUAGCACCAAGAAUAGUGCAUUACACCAAGCGCCAAAUGAUCUGGGAAUGCGGUGAUGAAUUGAAGUUCGAAGCUGCUGGUAUCCCAGAUAAAGUCACGGGUCGGGGGCAGAUCAGGAUGAGGUAUAAGAAGGGGUAUGUGCAACCAUUUAUCACGAGCUAUCUCGGUCAAAAGCAAAAUCUUGAGAAGACGGAAGAAGUGUGGAACGUGGCAAACCGUCUGGAAGCUUGGCACCAAACUAUCGAUGAGCUCGCAAACCACACCUUUCCCGAGUCACUCAACAAGGCUCUCGCCAUCUCAACUCUAGCUCGCAUCUUUAGCCCAAACAAAGAGCUAGGAUCCUACCUCGCCGGUAUCUGGACCUCGGAUAUAGCAUCCGGUCUAGCAUGGGGGCGCGUCUACCCCGUCCUCACCGCCGCACCCACAUACCGAGCCCCAACCUGGAGUCCGCUCAGCGUUGAUGGCGAAAUUUCAUCCAUGUAUCUCUCUUGGCCUCCAGCCAUGUUCACCGAGCAAGCCUCUGGCCCCGGUAAAGAAUUCAUCUCAAAAUACGGGGUAGAAUUACUCUCUCACAACCUCAACCUCGACGAUCCCUUGGGCCCUGUAAAGGAAGGAUCAAAUAUAACCAUCUCCGGCUCCGUAACAGGACUAAUGAAACUCCUCGAAGCAAUCCAAGACGACGACGACGACACCUUCCACCCGACCCUCGUCCUCGACCAAUCCUGGGCCCUCGACUGCAGCGAAUGCGGACACCACGAAGAGCGCUUCUCCGCCGAAGAAAGAGCCGAACAAGGGGAGAAAGUCAAAGAAGAAUUAGAACACCACAUAGUGCUCUUCCUCCAAGGAUCAUUCUGGGGCAAGGAAAUGGACAAGAGGAAUAUUGAUGCGGUGGUACUGACGAGGAUUGAUGGCGAGGAGGGAGAGGCGUAUGAGAGGGUGGGGUUCUUGAGGGUAGGGCUGGAUUUUCAUUAUAAGCCUGUUUAUGAGAGGGAGGAUGGGAGUUUUGAUCGAGAAGUGGCGGAGGCGAAGUUUGCGGAGUUGGGGUGGGAGAGGAGGGUUUUGAGGAUUUUUUGA